ACAUCAGUAACUUGUCAUUGUGAAGACGGUCACACUCUGUUUCUGUCCCAGGAUGUCUCUCCUGCCUCUAGUACUCAGCUGGACGGGCCUCGGCCAGGUCCUGUUGGUGCUCGGUUCAGGACUCGGAGCUGUCGUCGCAUUUUGGACCACGAGGCUGCUGCUGCGACACGCUUGGUACACGCACAGGCUCUCCUGCUUCAGCAAGCCACGCGCAAACUCCUGGCUUUUGGGCCACCUGGGCCAGAUGCAGAGCUCAGAAGAAGGUCUCCUGCAGGUGGACGACUUGGUGCACAAGUACAAACACUCCUGCAGCUGGUUCCUCGGCCCUUUUUAUCACCUGGUCAGACUGUUCCACCCCGACUACGUCAAACCGCUGCUUAUGGCGCCCGCCAGCAUAACGAUGAAGGAUGAGCUCAUCUACGGCCAUCUGCGUCCGUGGCUCGGACAGAGCCUGUUGCUAUGCAACGGGGAGGAAUGGUCUCGCAGGAGACGGCUGCUGACUCCGGCUUUUCACUUUGACAUCCUGAAGAACUAUGUUGCCAAGUUCAACACCUCCACGAACACCCUGCAUGAUAAAUGGCGCCAGGUGGUCGCUGAGGGCUCGACGGCUUUAGAAAUGUUUGACCAUAUCACUCUGAUGACACUGGACAGUCUGCUGAAAUGUGCCUUCAGCUACGACAGCGACUGUCAGAGGUCCGUCAGUGAGUACGUGUCAGCCGUAGUGGAGCUGAGUGACCUGAUAAUAGAGCGUCGGCAUAAGAUUCUGCACCACUGGGACUGGUUUUACUGGAGAACAGAGCAGGGAAAACGGUUCAGAAAGGCCCUCGGCGUCGUGCACGGCUUCACCAGAGAGGUGGUGCAGAAGCGUCGAGCUCUGAUCAGCCAGCAGACAAAGUCGGACACAAAUUUGACCAGACAACAGAGGAAGAAAGAUUUCGUGGACAUCAUACUGCUGUCAAAGGAUGCAGAUGGACAAGGCCUAACAGAUGAGGAGGUGCAGGCAGAGGCCAACACCUUCAUGUUUGCAGGUCACGACACAACAGCCAGUGCGAUUAGCUGGACGCUGUAUAAUUUAGCACGCCACGACCACUAUCAGGACAAAUGCAGGCAGGAGGUGAUGGAUCUGAUGCAAGGACGAGACAGACACCAAAUAGAGUGGGAGGAUCUGUCCAACCUUCCCUUCACCACCAUGUGCAUCAGAGAGUCUCUGCGGCUGCACGCUCCCGUGCAGGCUGUGACCAGGACGUACACCCGGGACAUGGAACUGCCCGGGCAUCGGACCGUACCAGCCGGUGCCAUCUGCUUGGUCAGCAUUUAUGGGACACACCACAACCCCGCUGUCUGGACGGACCCACACGAGUUCCGUCCCCAGCGGUUUGACCCGACGCGCACAGCGGACCGGCCCUCUCACGCCUUCAUCCCCUUCUCCUCGGGCCCCAGGAAUUGCAUCGGGCAGAAAUUUGCGCUGGCACAGCUUCGGGUCGUCGUGGCGUUGACCCUGCUCAGGUUUCGCCUGACCCCGGGAGAGAACCCCGACCUCGGGACCGGGACCAGGCCCGGGGGGGUUCGCCGUCUCCCCCAACUCGUCCUGCGUGCGGAGGGAGGCCUGUGGCUGCGGGUGGAGCCUCUGAACCCGGAGGAGCUGGAGGAUGAAUGACCCCGGAUGAAGAGCACUGUUGUGUGUCGUUUCCUAAUCCAUAUUACAAACGACCAUAACUUAUACACUUGCAACACAUAUUAUUAUUGAAAUGACAUCACUAGUGAUUUUUUUCAGAAAGGUAGUAUUUAAUCAAACCUUCUCAAAACGUACAGCUAUUUUCCGUGCAAUUAAUGCUUUGAAUUUACUACGUCCUCAUAUAACUAAUGCAGCUCGUGUUGUCAUUUUGAAGGCGCGCCGUAGGCCAUUAACUACCUGUGACGUUUGCCACUGCUUUGCUUUUGUACUCAUCUGAUCCCUCAUUAAAAGUUGCAGGUGUACUGGACAAUGUACUUUGGAUUUCUGGAAUGCACUAGCAUCUGAUUGUAUUAUGGGUUAUUGUUUGUUAUAAAUGUUUUCUGUGUAUUUCGUCUGUCUGUCAGCUAACGGGGAUCCAGCAAAUAAAGAAAUAAACAAAGUA